CUAGACGCCAGAUUACUACUGUUCAAUUCGCCUUUUGCUGGCUAUCGCUUCCAGUAGACCCGAACUGUGGACCUGUGCAAAUUCAUCGCUGGGACGGAAGGUACACAACCGAGAAACAAGAUCUUAUUAUACGGACUGGUGUCGACUUCUAUCCACACCGACCCGCCAUGUCUUCUGCCGUAGCAGAGCUGGAUGGCUAUCUCCAGUCCAUGCUUGCUCUUAAACCCCCAGGUGUAUCAGGAUCCAAGAUCAACAGCAUCACUUCGCUCUGUACAGCCAACGUUCAGUCCGAGUCUGUUCUCAUCCAGAAGAUCUACACGCACUUCAAGAGGGCACCGGGAACACACAAGUUGGGCGUACUCUAUGUCGUAGACUCCGUAACUCGACAGUGGGUAGAAGCAGCGCGCAAGGCGGGCCAGCCCUCCGGUAGUGCAGCUCCCGAUGGAACCUUCGCCGCUGGCGUUAACAGAGUGACCGAACUGUUACCCGUUCUGAUGACAGAUAUCAUAAACAAUGCUCCUGAAGAUCAAAAGGAAAAAAUCAAGAAGCUGGUGGAUAUCUGGGAGCGUGGCUACACCUUCCCUGCACCGAUGCUUGCUUCGUUCAAAGAGAAAUUAAACGCUCCCCCGUCUCACAACGUUGAAUCUACCACCCCCGAUGGCUCCCCCGCACCAGGCCAUAUCCCCUUUGGCGCCCCCCAGCAGCAGCAGCAGCAGCAGAACGGCGUUGCUACUUCGACUCCUGCCCCGGAUACCUCGAGCAUACUGAAGGCUCUUGCAGACAUGGCGAAACAGAGCACCCCCGCCCCGACCGCCCCGAGCGUGCCGGCACAGAGUAAUUCUCUAUUAAGUACACAGACUGCAGCUGCGCCGCCGGUGACCUCGUCCGUAGACCAGGCUUCGCAACCACCGAACGGGCAGGCUGCCGUAAACCCUUAUGCAGGAAAUCUAGCGACGCCGUUUGCGGCCCUGGGUAAUGUCGCUCAGAACCAAGGCCUGGUCUCUCAGAGUCAGACUCCCAACCCGUUAGCUGCUCCUCAGAACCCGCUGGCAGCGCUGCUCCCCCAGGCCACAGCGGCCCCCGCGGCACCGGCCAUCGCGCCAGAGGCGCUCCAGCAGGUGCAGCUGCUCCAGCUCCUGGCGGCCCAGGGAAUCCCGCAGGAGCAGUGGGCGACCGCACUGCAAAUCCUUAGUCUGUCCAACAGCGCCAACACCGGUAUGGCCAACAUGGCCGCCGGCCAGAUGCCGGGUUAUAUGCAGCCGCCAGGCCAAAACGUGAAUGCCUGGGGCGCCCGCACCGACGUGCCAUCACGUGACAUGGACCGGGACCGCGAGAGGGAACGUGACUACAUGCGCUCUCCGCCCGGCGGAUAUCGUCGUCGCUCCCGCUCUCCCGGCUGGGAUCGACGCCGCGAUGUCUCUCCUCCGCGCCGUCGCGACAGCCCCGUAUAUGGCGAGUACAACGGAGACUCCCCUGGUCGUAGAGGCGGGGAUCCCCGCGACGCUCGCCGUCGGCCCAAUGACUAUCGCCAGCGCAGCCCUGCCGGUCGAAGACGCCGUACGCCCACGCCUCCCCGUAAGGACCCGACUUUGCCCCCUCCUGGACCCAAGUUUGUCGAGUGGGAUUACUCGAUAGGCCAGGGUAACAUCAAAGUGCUCAGCCGUACCCUUUUCGUUGGUGGUGUCACUUCUUCUGAGGCCCACCUGCGCUCUCUUUUCAACAAGUUUGGUGUUGUCCAGACUUGCAUUGUCAACGUCGACAAGCGCCAUGCCUUCGUCAAGAUGAUCAACCGUCAGGAUGCUGUGAAUGCCCGCGAGGGUAUGGAGCAGUACAAGUCCGGCGACAUGCAGCUCAGGACACGAUGGGGUGUUGGGUUCGGCCCACGUGACUGCAGCGACUACCAGACGGGUGUCAGUGUUAUCCCGAUCGAGAGACUAACGGAGGCCGAUCGCAAGUGGAUGCUUACCGCUGAAUACGGUGGAACGGGCGGUAGACAGAUCGAGUCCGGAAUGGUCGUCGAGGAACCCGAUAUCGAGAUCGGUGCCGGGGUGUCGUCGAAAGCUAUCAGUCGACGUAUGGCUACUGACAAGGGAGGUCAGCGUGGUCCCCAAUCUUCUCGCUCUCAGCACGACCGCUUCGGAGGUCGUCGUCCGGAGCGUGGUAUGGAUAGCCAUGGCCACGGCGGUCCGGGUGGUCCGGGCGGCCAUCCUGAUCGAGACGUGUCCAACGCCAAUGUCGGAGUGCCGCCGGCAGUUCCUGGUUUCGGUUUCUCGUUCCCCGGUGUUCCCAUGUUUCCUCCCGGCUUCAUGAUGGGCGGUGCUCAAGGCAGUUCUUCCCCUGCCCAGCCGCCGCCCCCCGGCCAGAGCUAAGCAGGGAUCGGGCUGGAACCGAUACUGGUCGUUUCUCAUCCUCAUCCAUACCUCAUCUCUCAAGGGACUUGAAAGCUCUGUCUCAAUGAAAAGCGUUGUUUCUUCUUGUUAUUCCC